AUGAAAAUUCUUCGCCCACUUGAUGAUCUUGAAAGGAUUUAUUUAAAAUAUCAAUCAUUAAAUAUUUGUAAAAGCAAUGUUUAUUUCACAGUAAGAUAUUAUUGGGAUGAAUUAGUUAACUUACAGAAUCCAUUUUUAGAAAUUAAUAUCUCUCAGAUUCUUUUCCCAGCCCUCGAAAGAGUCAUUUCUAAAACCCCUCAUUUGUGUAUUUCAAUUAAAGAUGCAAAGACAUCAAACCCACAAUUUGUCAUUUUACCUGAAAUAGAUUUUUCAAGUGUUGUCAAAUUUGUUUCAAUCUCGUCAAAUGAAGAACUUGUCAAUAUUAUGGAAAAAGAAUUUUAUACAGAAUUCGAUUUAGAUGAUGAAACGAAACCUUACUGGCGUAUUAUUGUUGGAACAAACAAUAAAAUAUUACAUGGAGAUUCAGAAAAACAAUCAGAUUUCAAUUUAUGUAUAAUGUUCACAUGUCAUCAUGUUAUUGGUGAUGGGAUAAGUUCAAUGGCAUUUCAAGCAACUCUUAUGGAAGAAAUGGAUGAAGUUUUUUCUCAAAGAAAAACACAUAGUUUCAAAUUAAAAGUUACUAUUGAUCAAUCGAUGGUUAUUGCGAAUCCAGUAAGAUAUUUUAGAAAAAUGUUUCAAUCUGAAGAUAAUUCUUUAAAAAAGAAUUCUCCUUUCACAACCCCCACAUUAACUAGUUGGUUUAGUAAAAUACGUCAAUACGAUGUCCCUAACAGUAUUAAUAAAAUUCGUUAUUUUUCUUUAUCUGAAAAAGAAUUCACGCCUAUACUUUCAUUAGCUAAAACUUACGGGACUUGUAUUCUUUCCGUCUUGAAUAUGUUGACAUUUUUUUCAAUUAGAGAAACUAUUAUACAUACACUUGACACUCAAAUUUUAAAUGUUAUCGUGCCAUGCUCGUUAAGAGAAAGGGUACCUCCACAGGUUUCUUGGAGAGAAUUUGGAAAUUUCAGUGGUGGGCUUUCAUACGAGUUUAAUAUGGAUAAAAUUUCUUCUAUUGGAUUAUCUGAUAAUAAUUUUAAAGAACAAUUUUGGAGUUUAUGUCAUAAUUAUACAUUAAUUAUUCAUUCCGAUCUUUCAACUUUAACUGAUAAAAAUAAUGUAGAGGAAAAUAAUGCUAAAACCAACAAUGUACUUAAAAUUGUUGAAGACAUUAUAGAUAAAAAUGCGAAAGAUACGAAUAAUGAGAAGAAUAAUGUAGAAAAUCAAGACAAAACGCAAAGAUCUAUUUUAUUAGAAAUGUCCAAUUUAGGAAAGUUCCCUAAAAACUCAUCUAAUAGAAAACGAUUGAAUUUAAAAGUUGUCGAUUUAAAUAAUUCUGGUGAAGUAAAUAAAUUUACUACAAUGAGGGUAAAUUCCAUUUCUUAUGAUAACAUAUUGCAUAUGUGCAUUUUACAUCAUGAUGGUUCUAUUUCUAUUAAUUCUGAACAAAUGGAUAGAUUUAUUAGCAAGUUCUUGGAAAUAUCAAAAAUAAUAGUCAAGGACAAUUUGAUUUAG